AUGACGCCCGCGCCACGCGCCCGGUUACUGGCCUGCAUUGUCGUGGCGGCGCUCGCCGCGCCGCCCUGGUGGGGCAUGGGCGUGGCCGCGCACACGCGGGGGGUGCGGCCGGGGAAUGCCGCGGGGCAGCCGUUCCCGGAGAACGCGACGCGCGCGCAGGAGGUGGAGCGGCUGUUCAUGCGGUGGGUGCGGUACGUGGGCGCGCUGGAGCACAGCACGUUCCAGCACGCGGUGGCCCGCGCGUUCCCGUCCUACUCGCUCGUCGUCGACCGGAACCCGGCCUCCGGCGACUUCACCUCCAUCCAGGCCGCCGUCGACUCGCUCCCGCCCAUCAACCUCGUGCGCGUGGUGAUCAGGGUCAACGCCGGCACCUACACGGAGAAGGUGUCGGUAUCGGCGAUGCGCGCGUUCAUCACGCUGGAGGGCGCCGGCGCGGACAGGACGGUGGUGCAGUGGGGCGACACCGCCGACACGCCGUCCGGGCGGCGGGGCCGCCCGCUCGGCACGUACGGCUCCGCCACGUUCGCCGUGAACGCGCAGUACUUCCUCGCCAGGAACAUCACUUUCAAGAACACGUCGCCGGUGCCGAAGGCGGGUGCGACGGGGAAGCAGGCGGUGGCGCUGCGGGUGUCGGCGGACAACGCGGCGUUCGUGGGGUGCAGGAUCCUGGGCGCGCAGGACACGCUCUACGACCACUCGGGACGACACUACUACAAGGACUGCUACAUCGAGGGCUCCAUCGACUUCAUCUUCGGCAACGCGCUCUCGCUCUACGAGGACUGCCACGUGCACGCGAUCGCGCGGGACUACGGGGCGCUGACGGCGCAGAACAGGCAGAGCAUGCUGGAGGACACGGGGUUCUCCUUCCUCAACUGCCGGGUCACCGGCUCCGGCGCGCUCUACCUCGGCCGCGCCUGGGGCACCUUCUCCCGGGUCGUCUUCGCCUACACCCACAUGGACGACAUCAUCGUCCCGCGCGGCUGGUACAACUGGGGCGACCCCAGCCGCGAGCUCACGGUGUUCUACGGCCAGUACAAGUGCACCGGCCCCGGCGCCAGCUACUCCGGCAGGGUGUCCUGGUCGCGGGAGCUCACCGACCAGGAGGCCAAGCCCUUCAUCUCCCUCAGCUUCAUCGACGGCACAGAGUGGAUCAGGAUCUGA